GUUCUUUCCCCUCUUCGAGCCGGUUCUUGCAUCGCUCGUCCCUAUUCCUCUUCACUGGGCUUUGAAGUCUAUUUACACAGAAUCUAAGAUCACAAUCUUGCAAGCCUCAUGGAGGAUCAGACGUCAAUCAUGGACCUCGAUAUCCCAGGCCGAGAAGAAGCUAUGGAUCCCCUUCGAGAGCCUCAGAAGGGAGCUGUUCUGUCACGCAAUGACCAGAAGUGGGAGUCGCUCAAGCAAGAAAUAUGGACGGUGUAUAUGAUGGAGAAAAACACGCUUCCGCAAACGAUGCUCAAGAUCGAGCAAGCUCACAACUUCAAGGCAUCUCCACGAAAAUGGAAGGCUAAGCUCAAGGAAUGGAGUUUCGAGAAGCACUUGAGCGAGAACGAAAUGAAGAUCGUUGUUGCUAAAGUGGACAAUCGCAAGAGGGCAGGGAAAGACACUGCGGUCUUUUACAACGGGUUGCAGAUGCCAGCUGAGAAGAUUGACAACUUCAAAAGGAGGAAGAUUAUUAGGGAAUCUGGGCCUGCCUCCCCUAGUGCUCAGACACCAGGACCUGUGACGUACUGUACCCCACACUUCGAUAUGAAUAUGGAUUCUACGAUCGAGUUGGAUGAAAUUGCAGAGCUGGAUGACAAUUUCGAAGACUUGGAUUUUUCUACUUCUGACUUGUCCACUCGGUUAAAAUCUCCUCAUUCAAGCGCUGACCAUAUCAGUGGCGCAAGUGCCGAAGAUACAAAGAUGGACUCCCGGCUAUUGUCGACGGAUGAGGGUGGUAGUCUUGGACUGAGCGGUUUUGCAUCCAACUCCAUCGAUGACGGUCGCAGCGAAGUUGCAGAAGGAUACAUUUGGUCGCAAGGCCUUCCACGAAUUGUUACCUCUGCAGGUGAAUUAUUUCCCGCUAUCGAUAUCUUCAACUCCGAUGGUCUUGAGUCAUCGCUGUCAUCCAUCACAGGGAAUCAGAACGCAGCUGCAAACGAACAUGGUCAGGGAGAGGAGCACGAUCGGUUAUCGAGUAACGCUCCACUAUCAGUUCCUGUUGGGCUUCAAGAGAAAGGCGAUGUCCAGAACCAGGGACGUUUCGUGGCAUCUGUGAUACGGGAUGAUGACUCUCCGAUCAUUGGCGAUAAGUAUCUUGCAGCUAACGAGGCACCCAAUAUGGACCCAGCAGGAAUUACUCUUGAGGAGGCGAACCUCUCCGCGCUGGGCGAGGCAAUUGAUGAAUGUUUCAAAGAUGGAUUCGGGCUUGAUCUUACUAUCUCUCAAUUGUUAUCCUUGUUCACAUAUCUUCAGGGAUCUCCCUCAGAGCCAGAAGAGCUAUCCGAGGGGUCUUUGUCUUACUGGGAAAUGAAAAGGAUUGCGACACUCGCCAGGAAUUGCAUCGAAAAGCAACAGCACUCUGCCGCCGUUCUCCUUUACAAACGUGUGAUUAUCAACGCUUGGGGGUUUCUCGGAGGUGUCCUUUAUCCGGACUUCACGCACCUACUGGAAGGAAUAUUGCCCUUUUCACGUGUUGUGAAGAGGCAAUGCUAUCUAGAGCAUGAGCAGGCAGUCUUGCAAUUAGUUGUGGCUGGUUAUUUCAAGUUGCUACUGUCUGCUGAGAACCGAUUAGACUCCGCUCCAAGCCGUAUUCUAUGUGUGGUACAACGACUUCGGCGCAUCCACAACGCAGCAUCUUCCAUUCUCAGGGAGGAUCUUAACCAAAAGUUCCACUCCCUCAUCCAAACCAUUGAGGACUGGUCUCGUAGUUCUGGUUUUGGUGUGGUUUUCUCGGGGCAAAAGAUUCACGACGUGGGCCAGCUUCGCGACGAGCUCCUAUUUCGCGACGAGCUCCUGUUCCACGCGCUGGACCUGGCCAAUUGCUAUUCUCUAAGAGGAGAGUUUGAGAUAGCGGGAGAACUGUUCCAACUGAUGGGUAUCCCUUCACGUGGUUUUGUGAUGCCAGACUUUAAAACAAAUCACCGUCGGACCAGAGCUGAGGAGUGGUUCGAGGAGCACCAACAACGCUGCCAUCGCUGGCAAAGCACCUUAUCCAGGCCAAGAGUCCAGCCAUGGGAUUUGAUAACAGAGGCUCCGCUGAACACUAAAUCGGGAGAUGCCAUGCUGGCGUCAGAGCACCAGGAAGAGUUGGACGUCCAGAUCGGACGGUUUUGUCAGCUUUUAUUCAAGGAUUUCAAGCAAGGACGGUUGUUAAAGGCUCGUGAGCGUCUUGCGGAGAACAAAGAAGUGGGAGUUAUCAAUCUUGACACAUCAACAGAGAGUGGUUUUACAACGGGGUCCACUAGGAGCUACAGAUUCAGUUUUCAGCAUGUCGGAUAGCGAUGUUCCUGGAAUAGAUCUUUCGAAGUACAUGGCGCAUUAGCUGUACAUACAACAUUACACGGAUGAACUUCCUAGUCCUGGAUUAUCCGAAGUUCUUGAGGUAAUGGAGGCAAAUCUUUAGUGGGUGUGCUCGUCUGUUAUAAAGAAAAACCGUCUCUGGGGAGCCUCAAAUUCCCAACAGACGAUCAAGCUGAACGAAGACUUGAGGACUCGCGAGCGGAACAGAGGACGAAAGCCAACUCGAUCUCUCCUGUGUUUCGUGGAAUUUGAGAAUACGAACGGAAAAUCUCGCCACAAAAUACCAAGCCUGACCCCGCGCCCAACCACGC